AUGGACUCUUCCGCAGGUCCCAUCUCUGAGCGCUUCAUGGAGCUUACACAGAAUCCUCACCAUCGGAGCGUUGAUGUCCAUCAACCAAUGACUACGUCGAAACUCCUCCAUGGCGAGGCGAAGACAUCUGCGAUCCCGAACGACGACAUGGUCUCCCGGCACCGAACUCCGUCAAUGUUCGAUACCGAGAGUCAGUCCCCCAUCCACGUCUCUGCCUCCGACCCCCUCGAUCUCUCUCGCCGACUGAAGUCCAGGUCCGAGCUUGACCACAUCACGGCCAACACAGCGCGAAAACGCAACACCUGCAACCCUUUGGUCAUCACAGGCCGCAUCCCACAGUCGAAGAUUGCAGAAUUUUAUGAGUCCCAGAACGAACAGAUACAACGGCUGCUAAAACCGGUUGACGAGCACGUCCGGGAAGCAAGAGAUGUGCAGAGCGCAACGAACCUGCGAUACCAAAUCGCGGUGUACGGGAGCUUCGUGGCCAAUAUAAUCUUGGCCGUGCUACAGCUUUAUGGCGCCAUAUCUUCCGGAUCUUUGUCUCUCUUCACCACCAUGGCCGACGCCGUGUUUGACCCCCUGUCCAAUAUCACCUUGAUACUCUCGAACAAAGCGGUGAAGAAGGUCGAUGCCCGAAAGUUCCCUGCGGGGAGGUCGCGCAUCGAAACGGCCGGCAACAUUGUCUUCUGCUUCCUGAUGACCUCUGUCAGUUUCAUCCUGAUUGCCUUUUCCGUCCAAGAACUCGUCCGUGGCCACCAGAGCGAAACUAAGAAUUUCCACCUGCCUUCGGUCAUUGCGGUCACGGUGGCGUUUUGCACGAAACUGGCCUUGUUCUUGUACUGCUGGGCGCUCCGCAACCAGUACUCCCAGAUUCGCAUUCUGUGGGAAGAUCACCGAAACGAUCUGUUCAUCAACGGCUUUGGUGUCCUCACCUCUGUGGGUGGCAGCAAGUUGCGCUGGUGGCUAGAUCCGGCCGGUGCCAUUGUACUCUCAGUCCUCAUCUCGGUCCUAUGGCUGCACACUGCUUAUUCCGAGUUUCAGUUGUUGAUCGGCAUCACGGCCGAUACAGAGACACAGCAGUUGAUCACGUAUGUGAGCAUGACUCACAGCGACCGCAUCAGACAGAUUGACACGGUGAGGGCAUGGCACUCGGGCCCACGGCUCGUCGUCGAGGUCGAUGUGGUCAUGGACCCUGAAGAGACCCUCCGUGUCUGCCAUGACAUCGCCGAGGAGUUGCAGAUGAAGCUUGAAAGGCUGCCUGACGUGGAGCGAGCAUACGUCCACAUUGAUUUUGAAACGGACCAUCGUCCGGAACAUUUUCUGAAGAAGGAACUUUGA